AUGACUUUUCCCUUUGAUAAUAUAAAUGGAUAUAGUGAACCUAAAUGUUGGCCUAGAUUUAACUUAGGAAAUCCAAAUCCAGCUCCAGUUUUCUGUCCACCAGAAGAUUUUUUUACCUAUUAUGAUUGUUGUAGUUUAGAAUAUGGAGACUGUUGUAGAUAUCCAAAAUGGGGAAAUAUAAUUAUCAUAAUCAUAAUAGUCAUUGGAUUAAUAGCUGGGUUUUGCUGUUGUAUAUGUUUUAUAUUUCAAUUUGCAAAAGCCAAAAAGAAAGAUGAUAAACCACCUAGAGAACAACAAACAGAAAGGGAAAGAGAAGUUGAAUGCGGAGGUACCGAAAUAUCAUUGGCACCAGAAGAUAAAUAUUAUCAUAGGAAUACGAAAAACACUUAUAUAUAA